CCCGCCCCGCCCCGCGCGCCCGGCCCGGCCCCGGCACCAUGAGCGACCAGGAGAGCACCGAGGAGAUGUCGGCGGUGAAGCCCGACAAGGGCGAAGGCGACGCCAGCAGCACCAGCAGCGCCGGCGGCGGCGAGGCCCAGGAGUCGCAGCCCUCCCCGCUGGCCCUGCUGGCAGCCACCUGCAGCCGCAUCGAGUCUCCCAACGAGAACUCCAACAGCUCCCAGGGCCAGCAAGGCGGCAGCGGGGAUCUCGACCUGAACGCGGCCGCCGCCCAGAUCGCCCAGUCGGCCAACGGCUGGCAGAUCAUCUCGGCGGGCUCCAGCACCCCCACGGGCUCCAAGGAGCCGGGCAGCAACGGCAGCAACGGCAGCGGUGACGCCUCCAAGAGCCGCCCGGUGAGCGCGGGGCCCUACGUGGUCACCUCCGCCUCGGGCCUGCAGAACCAGCAGGUGCUCACGGGCCUGCCGGGAGUCAUCCCCAACAUCCAGUACCAGGUGAUCCCCCAGUUCCAGACCAUAGACGGGCAGCAGCUGCAGUUUGCCACCACCCCUGCCCAGGUGAACGUGCAGCAGGAUGCCUCCGGGCAGCUCCAGAUCAUCCCCGGCUCCAACCAGCAGAUCAUCACGAGCCGCGCGGGGAGCAGCAACCUCAUCGCCAUGCCCAACCUGCUGCAGCAGGCGGUGCCCAUCCAGGGCGUGGGCCUGGCCAACAACAGCCUCUCCGGGCAGACCCAGUACGUGGCCAACGUGCCUGUGGCCCUGAACGGCAACAUCACCUUGCUGCCGGUCAACAGCGUGGCCGCCAGCCUGGCGCCCACGUCCCAGACGGGCACCCUGAGCAGCUCGGGCUCCCCGGACAGCAGCUCCCAGCCGGCCACCUCGGGUGCCACCAGCAGCUCCGCCAGCACGGCCUCGUCCCAGGCCAGCUCGGGCGCCUUCUUCACCAACGCCAACAGCUACUCCACCACCACCACCACCAGUAACGUGGGGGUCAUGAAUUUCUCCACCAGCGCCACGGUGGGAACCAAUUCGCAGGCACAGACGCCCCAGAGGGCCAGCAGUGUCCCGAGCUCGGACUCCCUGCAGAGCCCCGUGUCCGGGGUGGCUCUGCAGCCGGGGCAGCAGAAGGAGGGGGAUCAGAGCCAGCAGUCACAGCAGCAGCAGCAGCAGCAGAUCCUGAUCCAACCCCAGCUGGUCCAAGGAGGGCAGACAAUCCAGGCCCUCCAGACCACCCCUCUCUCCGGCCAGACCUUUGCCACUCAAGCCAUCUCCCAGGAUGCCCUGCAGAACCUGCAGCUCCAAGCUGUCCCCAACUCCGGCCCCAUCAUCAUCCGCACGCCCACGGUGGGUCCCAACGGGCAGGUGAGCUGGCAGACCAUCCAGCUCCAGAACCUGCAGGUGCAGAACCCCCAGGCCCAGACAAUCACCUUGGCCCCCAUGCAGGGAGUGUCGCUGGGGCAGACGGGCAGCACCAGCACCACGCUGACCCCCAUCGCCUCCCUCCCCAGCGGCACCGUCACCGUCAACGCUGCCCAGCUCUCCUCCGUGCCGGGCCUCCAGACUAUUAACCUCAGUGCCUUGGGAGCGUCUGGGAUCCAGGUGCACCAGCUGCAGGGGCUGCCCCUGGCCAUCGCCAACGCCCCUGGUGACCACGGAGCUCAGCUGGGCCUGCACGGUGCCAGCGGGGACGGGCUGGGGGACGAGAGCGCGGCCGUGGAGGAGGGAGAGACCAGCCCCGACCCCCAGCCCCAGCAGGGCCGGAAAACACGGAGGGAAGCCUGUACCUGUCCCUACUGCAAAGAAGGAGAGGGCAGGAGCUCUGGGGAUCCAGGUAAAAAGAAGCAGCACAUCUGCCACAUCCCGGGCUGCGGGAAGGUGUACGGGAAGACCUCGCACCUGCGGGCCCACCUGCGGUGGCACACGGGCGAGAGGCCCUUCAUCUGCACGUGGGUGCUGUGCGGGAAGCGCUUCACCCGCUCCGACGAGCUGCAGCGGCACAAGCGCACGCACACAGGGGAGAAGAAAUUCGCCUGCCCGGAGUGCCCCAAACGCUUCAUGCGCAGCGACCACCUCUCCAAGCACAUCAAGACCCACCAGAACAAGAAGGGAGGUGCCACCAACGUGGCCAUGAACGUCUCGGCCGUCCCCAUGGACACGGCGGCCUCGGCCGAGGGCAACGGCGGGGCCGCGCCCUCGGCCCUCAUCGCCACCAACAUGGUGGCCAUGGAGGCCAUUUGCCCCGAGGGCAUCGCCCGCCUGGCCAGCAGCGGCAUCAACGUCAUGCAGGUGGCCGACCUUCAGUCCAUCAACAUCAGCGGCAACGGCUUCUGAGCCCGGCGUCGCCGCGAGGGGCCCUGGGCGCCUCCAGCACUAACCCUCCGACCGAGCGGGAUCGCUGCCACCUCCGGGGCCGCCGACCACACUCGAAGGCCAGAGCUAUAUAUAUAUAUUUUUUAAUUUCGGCUUGACAUUAUUAUUAUUAUUGGUUUUUUGUUUUUUUUUUUUUUUUUUUUUUUUUGUGUCGGCCCUUCCCUUUUCCUCCUUUUCCCUUUUCCUCCUUCCUGCCCUCCCCGCCCGAGAUCCGUCGCCCUCGCAGCCGCCGUCGUCGGCGCCCUUCAUGCCUUGGUAAAAGAGAAAAACAAAACAAAACAAAAAUAAAAAUUCUGUGAUCCUUUUAGCCAAAAAAAAGAAAAAAAGGAAACAAAACAAAAAAAAAUACCCAUCAGAAAUACCGACAAAACAACACACACACACACAUGAAAAGAAAACGAUAAAACAAAAAACAAACCAAAAAAAAAAAAACCCAAAAAAAAAAAAAAAAAAAAAAAAAAAAAAGAGAAAAGAUUCUAUAUUAUUAUUAUAUAUAUAAAAAUAUGAAAUGUGUUUGUUUGAGAGAGGAGAGAGAUGUUGCUGCGACCAUGGCGUGGUCCCUUUGAUGCCUUAUCCCGGAGCAGGUCGUCCCUCUGGGGCGGUUCGGACGGUGCCCGAGCUCUCCUUCCCCUUCCUGGAUUCCAUUUUACAUCAUAAUCCCUAAAAAUCCCCUAACCCACACCCUCCCCCGUUCACCUCCCCCUUCCUCGGGCUGUCGGACGCUUUGCUUUGAGGUGAUUCUGUAAUUCCUUUCUUUUCGGGGGAGAUUCCCACUGGAUUUUUUUCACCCUUGUACUCCCACUGCCCUCCCCUGCCGGCACUGGACCUUGGCGGGUUUUCCUUUGGAUCUUUGUUCCCACCAGCCGUUUUUUUUUUUGGCAAGGAUCCCUGUCCCGUGGGAGUGGAGCACUGGGAUCCCUGUCCCGUGGGAGUGGAGCACGUGGAGUCGCUCCAGCUGGGGGGUCGUGGGCAGAGGGGCUGAGACCUGGCCAGGACCCUCUCUGGGGGCUGUUGGAGCCUCCUCGAGGGGGGAAAUGUUGAUUUUUUUUUUUUAUUUUUUUUUUUUUUUUCCUAACAGCCGACUUUGGUCUUAAUAAUAAUAAUAAUAGUAAUAAUAAUUAGGAAAAAGGAGCAUCUGCAGAGCUCAUCCAGCCUGGAGCGAGGGGGAAGCGCCACGGGCACAUGGAAUGGCCACUCGAGGGUUUUGGUGUGGCACUGCUUGGAGGUGGCUCCUGAAAACAAACAAACAAAAAAAAAAGGGUGUUGGAAAUGGGGUACAGUUCAGGAAAAGCCUUUUUGGUGUUCCGAUUUCCGGCUCUUCCCGCCGUGGGAGGGCCAGGACGGCUCGGUCCUUUCCGUUCUUCCUCCCACACCCUCCUCUUCCUG